GCUCAAAAAGAACUGAAAGAUAUGAAUCCAUCAGAAUUAAAACAGUUCCUGAUCCCUGAAUUUGAAAGUCAAGGAUUUGAUAAGAAAAUACUGGAAGACCUGGAAAGAGAAAGCAUUUCUGGCAAAGUUUUUAUGACAAUGAAAGAAGAGGACUUUAAAGAGACCAUACCCAGUGCUAAUUUUGGUGUCAGGCGCCUUCUGAAAAUGGUGAUUGAACAGUGCACAAAAACAGUUGAAAGUAAACCCAUGCCCGAACAUUUGUGUAAGUUUGACAGCAUUGUUGGACCAACAGAUAAGUACGUGAAGGGCCAUUGUGCAGAUGUAAACUCAUACCUCAGGGGCAAGACAACAACUCCCGUCAGAAAUUUUCAUUUAGUUAAAGAUGAUGACAAAGAGGUGGAGCUGGAUGACAUGUCUAUGAAAGUGGUUACUUUUGCAUCUGCCUGUCUGAAUGACAGACGAAAUGGCACAAUUUAUUUUGGCAUCAGUCCAUCAACAGGAGAUGGUCAUAAAACUGGUGAAAUUGUAGGAGUCAGUCACCCUCAAGAAGUUGUACAGGAUAGGAUCAAUGCCUACUUGACAAGUGCGUUCUCAAGUGUCCAGAAAAAUGUUAUUUCGGGAACAAUAAGGAAUGCACGCUUUGUACCGGUCAUUGAUGAUGACUUCCCUAAAACUGAUGUUUUUGUUGUUGAAGUGGAUGUCUUACCGAAUAGUUCAAUGAUGGCAGAAGAAACCAUCAGAACUAAACUCAAACAUCUAACAGAAUAUAACAAGAAAGAUAGCAAAUCUGCUGUAUUCAGAUUUUCAGAUGAGGGAUACCCAGCUAUCGUGUCUCCAGAUGAAAUGACUAAUUAUGAGCGAGACAAAUCACGGAUUAUUCAACAGAGGAAACAAGACGAAAAAAAUUCCAUUGUUGAACCAACUCCUGACUUAAGGGUAAGGCUCCGAAAUUUAUUGACUGGAGGAACUGAGAAGUUUGAGGAUACCAGCUACAUCUUCCUGAUGACGAGUCCUAUAGACUCGCACAUGGACCAAGCAUAUCUCCUAAAAAAUGCAUCAUUUAUUAAAAAUCUUAGGCCAGAAGUUGUUUUUGAUUUUGAUCCAAAAGGCUCCACUGACGGGAUCUACAAUAACUUGGACAGCCAACAAGAAGAGAAAAUGAGGGUUUUAGUUAUACCAAACAAUUUUGAAAAAGAAGGAAAGAAACAUGAAGAAUACACCAAUUUUCUUGAUGGUCUUGCAAAUGAAAGUAAAAUUUCGUGGAUAUUUUGCAAUGGUUACACUGAAAUGUCCAUUGACCCGAUGACGCCCACAGAUUGGAACCGAAAGAGAAGGUCAGCUUUUCAAGAUGGACUCAAGUUUUAUAUUGAAAAUUUUAACAAGGACAGAAUUAUCUUCAUGAUCUGUUUAUUUUCUAAAAACUACAGUGCUAUGAUUGAGGCAUGUGAUGAGGUUGUUACCAAACUUCCAGAAAAUUGGUUGCUCAUCGCUGAGACGGAAUCCGUGGCUAAACUGUGGCAGGAUCAAAUCCUGGCAAGGAAUAGAGUGGAGAAGAAGGAUCUGUUGGAUCGUUGUGUAAUUGGCAUGCCGUGGGAACAAAUCAACACAACGAUUAAUCAAACCUUAAGAGAGCCAGAAUCACAUGAAUGCUAUCUUCCAUGCUCUACUGGAGCUCUCAUUGAAGUUCGUGAGAAAAAGCUCAAAGACUGGUGCGACAUUGAUGUUUUAUCAGCUGGAGAGUUCAAGAUUCCCGAAGCAGGGAAGGAGAAACGAAAAAAAGACAUGGAAGAAAAUUUUUACAAAGGAGAGCAGGUAGAUUGGUUAAACUUCUUCUUUCAUGAUCAGGUACUAAAAAGAGAUAUUCAUCAGGAGUUCAAGAAAUUAGUUAUAGAAGCUGUACAAGGCAGAGGUAAAGAUGAAGAAGACAAAGUGACAACAGUUGCUAUCCUCCACCAACCCGGAGCAGGGGGUACGACAUCUUCUAAACAAGUGCUGUGGGACUUGCGUAAAGAAUACCGUUGCUGUGUUGUUAACACCAUCACAGAUCAAACUGCGGAUCAGCUGGAUGAAAUAAGGUGUUUUGGGGAUUCUAAUCCUAAACCUCUCCUCAUUCUCAUUGAUGAUGAAGAUGAAGAAAAAUAUAACCAGAUUGCAGCGAAACUGGAAGAAAAGGGAAGACGAAGAUGGAGGGAUCAACAAGAAUCUUUUAAUGUGUACUGCACAAUAAUUUUGUGUACACGUCGCACAUCUUUACCAAAGCAAUUAAAAAGCCGACAGAUUUCCCUCCGCCAAGAACUCAAUAUAAACGAGUUGGAUUGGUUUAAAAAAAAAAGUGAAACACUAAAAUCGAGAUUUGAGAGGAACAAAGACAACAACGUGAACCCUAAAUUCUUAAUUUCCUUCAACAUUCUGAAAGAAAACUUUAACAAAGAUUAUGUCUCAAAGGUAGUCAAAGAAUUCUCUGAUGAUGUCAAAAGUCCUAAAGAGGUGAAAUUAUUAAAAGUGGUUUCUCUGUUAAAUAGCUUCGAUCCUGACUUCAAGCCCAUUAGAGUAUCUUGUUUAGAUAAAAUUUUGGAGAACCAACAAAAUCACAGGGUAAUGCCGCAACAUCCCGGGAAUUUAAAACGCAAUGUUGGGUGGGAAGCAAACUUGAGCCAAGGUGUGAAAGUGCUGCUAAACUUAUCCUCCAAUAGAAACCAAGCAGGCAAGGCAAGGAAAUGCCUACGUGUGUUCAACAAAGUCAUUGCCCAGGAAAUUUUUAAAAAGAUGAAAGAAAGAACAGGACAAAAAGAAAGUGAAAUUAUGCUGGAGUUGAUAGAGUCGGGUUUAUAUGAGGAACCAACAUAUGAUGCAAAACACUUUCAAGGAAUUAUCAAUAGUGUGAUGAAGAAGCGUGAAUAUAAUUCGGAUGGCAGAAAGCAUAAAUUUUCACAGUUUGUGCUCUAUGUACAGCAAAACGAAGGUGCAGAGGUAGCUUUAAUGUUGCUGGAAAACUUAUUUGAGAUGACAAAAGAUCCAUUUACAGCCCAGCAAAUUUCGAGAUUCUACAUAGAGCUGAAGAACUGGUCUCGAGCUGAGUUUUAUGCCAAAAGAGCUACAAGUUUGCUGCCAGGCAACUCUUUCUUAUGGGACACUCAUGGACAAGUGUUCAAGAAUCAGCUGUAUGACAAGUUGGCUUCACAAAAAACACUGGAAAGAGCAGAGGGUUUCAAUCCAAGUGAAAUUCAUAAGCUAAUAGAGCUGACAGAAAGUUGCAUAAAUUGCUUCAGAAAAGCACAAAAGAUAAGUGAAGAUGAAUUUACCACGGGCGGAGAGAACAACUUUGCCGGUUAUUUUGGGGAGCUCAGAGCCAUCGUUAUACUUCUGAGUGCUCUUAAACUGUGUCCUGCUUUCAACAAGGAUGAUAUGCUUCACCGUUACCUAGUUGACCAGCAAUAUAAGCUUAGCUGCUUUGAUGAGCAUGAUUCGGAUUAUCUAAAGAAUUUGGAAAAGUUUGCCACUGAAGCCAUGAGACGUCUUGAUGAGGAAUAUCUUCAGAUGAAAGGAAACAUUAACUUAGACAUUGUGGCCCCUAAAUUUGAUUUUGACAGAAAAUCCCUUUUAGAUUUAAAAGUCAACCUUGAUGACUAUUUUGGAGAACCAAAUGAUGCUACACCAAGAAAUUUAUGUGAAAGUGAUGCAUGUGAGUAUCGUUUACGUCGUGCCAGGAAAUUGGGGGGGACUUCUUUGAAUCUAUUGCUAAGAAUGAGACAAGAUGGCCAACUUAGUAGUCUGGUACAGAUUUAUAAUCUGCUGAUUGAAAAUGUGAACUCACGUAUCAAUUUUGAUGACCUGAGAUCAAUACUGGACACUGUAACAGUUUAUUUGCUGGACUACUCGCCACCUCCAGGUCUUGAAUAUGAACAAAUUCUAAAAUGGUGUAAAAAACUUUAUUCUUUGAACAGCACCAACAUAAGUGCUCGUUCAUAUCUGGAAAUAUAUCUUUACUAUGUACUGUACAACUUUCCAACAGAUGAGAGACAAGGUUUUGAGCUGUGCAUGCCUUUAGAUUUAGUGAAUGCAAUUCAUAAUUGGCAUUUAGCAUUCAUAAAGAAUUAUCCAAAAUGUACAAGGGAAGAAAUUCGUCUUAAAAGAAGAGAAACAACCCUGUUUUUCUUGGGAAAUGGAAAACCAUUACAGGAUAUUGUACAUCAAGACUCUCUUGAAGUCAUGAGUGAUUUUUCCUUGCAAGAGAAAUGGCAGCUCCAAGAUGUUCGUGCAAAACUGAGAUUGCAGAUGGGAAUAUUGGUGCAUGGAGGCGAAAAAAUUAAUAUGUCCAUAAUCACGAAAGAAGGCAAUAGAUUUGAGCUGAUAAUUCCUACUUCUCACAGAGUAACCAAGAGGGACAUGUGGCAAAAAAGGGUUUACUUCUACAUUGGCUUCAGCUUUUCAGGACCCAGGGCAUUUGGAAUGACCUUAAAUGAAUCUGUUCAAUCUGUUCCACAUCCAAUGCAUGUUAAACCAGCUGUGUUUGUGCCCAGUAAAAAACAACCUCCACCAACCCUGUUACAACUCUUUAGGGACUUGAAAUAUACAGAAGCAGAGAUUGAAAAGAAUAAGGUAGGCCAAAGCUAUUUGUUGAAUAAUACAUAAAAUAAACAAGUCUUGAGCAUGGAUAAAAGUGGUGCUGAUAAAUUUGGGCUGUGUUCAGUUGUACUUACUGAACAUGUAAAAUGGCUGUCAUAUUUAGAAAAAGAAAAAAAAAGAUAAAAUUAUGGGGCCUGAAUGUUAAGCAUCUCUGUGAGUUUUUGACUAUAAUGCAGUAUAAUCCUGAACUUUGUACACCAUUCAGCAACACCAUAGCUGAAAUUAACAUUUGUUUUUGUUCAAAAGUAAUAAAAGAUGUUAUCUCAUUAUUAAAUAUAAUAUGUUUAAAUAAACUUUUCUUACUUUUUUUUCCCCAGAACAAUCCAAAAGCAAAAGCAAUAUUGCUAAGGAAGCAUGAAGAAAUUUCUGCUGCCAUGAAGAAAUUGGUAGGAGAGUAAUUGUGUCUGCUAAAGUUGAAUUUAAGUGGGUCUUAAGUUUAUUUUGUCUCAUACAUCUUGAACAUUAGGAGUCCAAUUUGGCAUAAAUUAAAAGAAGGGAAUGUAGGACUAAUUAUUGUCAUAGUUCUUAGUUAACAAAUUAAAUAAAUAAGUUUUUAUCUGAAUUUAUUUUUAAGUGUCAAUUUUUUCUGUUUGAAUAGUUAAUACCUCAUUAAUAUUUGAUAGAGUAACUGUACUUAAAAGGCUAUAUAUAAUAAGUAGUUUCAAACUUACAUUCAUUUCAUUAUUUUCAAUAAUUAAUAAUUUCCAUGAAGUUUGUAUAUUUAUAAUUCUAUUUCAUUGCUGAAUAUUAGUAUGUAAACUCAAAGGAAAUUUUCAUCCAAUGGUGAGACUGUGAUAUCAAUAAAUUUUUGCCCAUCCAUGCAUGUUUAAAUAGUUUAGUAAUUUAAUUUUCCCUGAAAUAAAGCCCCUGCGUAGAGAAUCAUAGAGACCCAACAGAUAUAAUCAUUUUUUAGCUCAUAAACACCAUAAUCUAAAGCGGAUGUGAUAUCCUUGGCUUAAGUCUACAUAAUUUUUAUAGAAAAAUUUUAAUAAAUUAUACAAUUUGUUAUCCCCAC